CUAAACAAUACGAAUCAACCUUACCAUAACCCACAGCCUCCGCAAUUUACAGAUUCCGAGCAGAGAUUAAACAAAAGAGAAGAAGAAGAUGAAGAGGUGGUUUGAUCCGUGGCCCGUCUUUUUCAAGCGCGAGUUUAACCGUAACUGGCCGUUUUUAGUUGGGUUCGCCGUCACCGGAACCAUCAUCACCAAGUUAUCUCUUGGCCUUUCUGAGGAGGAGGCUAAGAAUUCACCCUUUGUCCAGAGGCACAAGAGGUAGUCGAAGCACAGAAUAGUUUCAGCAUUGCACAUGUUGCUGGAAGAAAAAUGGACUUGCUUCUUUUUUGUGGUUUAUAAUAACAGGGGAGAUGUCUAGAUACUCCAAAUGUGAAUUUUUAAUCAGUUGGCGUCUAUUUCCAUUGCGUGCUUGAACUGAUUAGCUUUCCGUAAAAAAAUCAUAAAGAUCUUUAUUUUGGUUACUUCAAAUGUUAUUGAAUCAUUUUUGUGUUUAGAAUCAACCUUUGAUGUUCUAUUGAAAUUCAGAUUAAUAAUAUCUGACUCCGUAACUUUGAGCUUAA